AUGCUAACUGGGACAAGCUCUUUGUCUUCAUUUGCUUGUGCCCUGAUGCUGUGGGCUUUGUUUUCUCCUCCAUCGGUUCAGGCCUGUCAAGGAGAUGAAUUACCGUGUGACAUGGUGCUUGGCUGGCUGAAAAGAAGGAUCCUUGAAGGUUUGGGGUUGGAUGAGCCUCCUCUGCCAGUGUUGCAGCUGCCAACACGACAGGCAGGGAACAGAGCUGUGCACCAUGUAGCAUCACGAAUGACUAGAGAAACAAGAGUGGAAAGAAGACACCAUCAGGAGUCCUCUCAGGUCAUUCUGUUCCCAAGCUCAGAGUCUACAUGCAAGGAUAUACCUGGCCACUCUUCUGAUGCUGGACCUGGUCACUUUACAUACUAUUUCCAGCCCUCUUUGGACAGCCAGGAAUCCAUCAUCACUUCUGCACACUUCUGGUUCUAUGCCGGAGAGACCAUCGCUUCCAUCAACAUCUCAGCACCACUUUUCAUCCUCACCCAUAAUAAGGAGCUCCUCAAAGCAUCUGAAAGUCCAGUCAAACGCUCUCCUGAUGGAUGGACCACCUAUAAAUUGGAUGUUCAUCUUCACACUCCCAUGGCUGAUGGUCAGUUUAUGCUACAGAUUCGCUGCCCAACCUGCAGUUGCCAUGAUUCAGAAGACAAAACACCCUUUCUGCACCUCCACACCCGUUCAAGUGGCCCUGACCGCUCCCGCAGAGCACCCAAAAUUCCAUGGUCACCAGAUGCCAUUGAAAAUCUCAAAAGACCUGCAUCUCAGGGCACUGACUGCAGAAGAGAGCAGAUUGAAAUCUCCUUUGAAGACCUUGGAUGGAACAACUGGAUUGUUCAUCCUAAAUCGUUCACCUUCUACUACUGCCAUGGCAACUGCUCCAGCGCUGAACGCAUCACCACCAUUCUUGGGAUCACCCAGUGCUGCGCUCCUGUUCCAGAGAGCAUGAAGUCACUCCGUUUCACCACCACCUCAGACGGGGGAUACUCAUUCAAAUAUGAGACCCUGCCUAACAUCAUACCAGAAGAGUGCAACUGCAUCUAA